CCAAGAAUAUGUGGAAAUGAAGCGUGGCUUGAGAAGAAGCUGGAUUAGGGCUUUUCUUGAUUUUCAUUUAUUUUCGCAUCUGUCGUGUCGUCGUCUCCAAACAAACAAAUCUUACAGCCGCAAUCACUAUUCACUGCAGAGUAAUCAUUGAUCUAUAUAUAUAUAUUACUUCUGCUGCAAGAGAGGCUUGGGGGAAAAUUGAAGAGUAAGAAAAAAAAUUCCCAAUUGAGGUAAUUAAUAAUUUACGCCGCGUUUUAAUUCGACAAAUUCUACAGAACGUAGGGGAGGAUCGGUCUGUGGGGAUUUGUUGUCCUUCGAUCGAUUAGGUUAAAAUCUUCGACAUUUUUUUUCUUUUUUUUUUGUUCCUUCUGAAAAGGGGAUUUCCCUCGGAACUGGUGGUUUUGUUAUACAUACGUCUCGGAAAAAUUCAAUCUGGCAAAUUUAGGAGGAAUAAAUUUGAGGCCUCGCUUGUCGUUGAAGCAAGCUUUACCAGAGGAUCCAGAAGACGAAGAGUGUAGGCCUUGGCGCAAAAAGAUCUUCUUUUUCUUCCCGCAUUCUGCGAAAAUGGCUUUCAAAUUCAGUUGGGGUUCUCUGCUGAAAGUGAUCUUGCUUAUGGUGUUGAUUGGGGGAAUUGUGUUUGCUUGCUUUACUCUGCCUGUUGAAAAGAUACUCAAAGAUUUCUUAGUAUGGAUAGAGCAAGAUCUUGGUCCUUGGGGCCCUCUUGUGCUAGCCAUUGCUUACAUUCCUUUAACGGUGUUGGCUGUUCCAGCUUCAGUAUUGACGCUAGGUGGUGGCUAUCUCUUCGGAUUGCCUGUUGGAUUUUUCGCCGAUUCAAUUGGUGCAACUAUAGGUGCUGGAGCUGCAUUCCUCGUUGGGCGAACGAUCGGGAGGUCAUACGUUAUAUCCAAGUUAAAAGACUAUCCGAAGUUCCGUGCGGUUGCCAUUGCAAUUCGGAGAUCAGGAUUCAAGAUAGUGUUGUUGCUCCGGCUCGUUCCUUUACUCCCCUUUAACAUGAUGAACUAUCUCCUGUCCGUGACUCCGGUGCCUAUAGCUCAAUACAUGCUCGCCUCGUGGUUGGGCAUGAUGCCGAUUACCUUUGCCUUGGUCUACGUCGGGACAACCUUGAAGGAUCUUUCAGACGUAACGCACGGAUGGCAUGAUUUCUCGAAAACCCGAUGGGCGUUUAUCGUGUUGGGUUUCGUCAUGUCGGUGCUGUUGCUGUAUUGUGUGACGAGAGUCGCAAAGGCUGCUUUAGAUAAAGCGUUGGCAGAAAACGAGGAUGAAAACGUCGAUAUUUUCGACCAACAGCUACCGGUCUCCACAGAUCUCGAAAAUCCGCUGAUAAUCAAGAUCGACGACAACAAUCGAGACGCAAAUCACGAAAAAUAGCUCAUUUUACGUGUAAGCUCGCCACUUUGCUUUCGGUAUUUUUCUGUACAGCCAAAUAUAUGAUAAAUUUCUUCGCGUCGAACUAUUGUUCUUACAGUAAAAUAAUCAGACGUAAAAUCGGAGACUCGACUUUAUAUAGGUUUUUUCAAGUGUAUAUAUUGUUUCAA